AUGCGUCCUUCAACUAUUCUGGUCUCGUCGCUCGCCGUCUUCGGAGCUCGCGCCGCCCCGGCCCAGCCCAAGAUUGACCUCAACGACUUCAAGAAUCCCGCCUCGGCAAUCAACUCCCUCACCGAGUACUUCAACCUCGUUGCCUCCAAGACGGAGAUUGCCAAAGUGCAGCCGACAGCGCAGUUGUGUGACGUUUCCAAGGCCAAGAUGCCCUCCGUCGACGGGCUUCUCCCCCCUCCAUCCGCAAACCUGACCGUCAAGCACGUCGCCGUCGGCCGCGGCACGCAAAACUACACCUGCGACGCCAGCAAGCCCGACGCUCCGCCCGUCGCCACCGGCGCCCUGGCCACGCUCUUCAACGUCAGCUACGUCGCCUGCACCUCCCAGGACCUGCUGGAAAAGGUGCCCAACAUGGCCGUCAACUUCAACUUCGACGCCGCCGCUGUUGGGCCCCUCGGCCCCAUGAAGCUGGACGUGUCGGGCCACCACUUCUUCCUCGACAGCACGACGCCCUUCUUCAACCUGGACACGCCCGCCCUGAGCAUUGGCACCGUCCCCUGCGCCAAGAACAGCAGCAUCGCUGCGCCGGCGAGCUCGGCUCCGGGCCCCGGUGGCGAGGCUGCGGUCCCCUGGUUGAAGCUGACGGCCAAGGACGGCGCCACGGGCAGCAUCAAGGAGGUGUACCGGAUCAACACGGCCGGAGGCAGCGCGCCGGCUACCUGCCAGGGCCAGGCGGCCAACUUUCAAGUGCAAUAUUCCGCAGUGUACUGGUUCUGGGGCAGCAACUGA